CCCCGGGGGUCCGGGACCCGAGCUGCUCGCAGCCAAUCGGCGCGGUGGAGCGGCUCGAGCGCGGCUGACGCUGCACCAAUGGACGCCCGCGAGGGGCGGGGGCAGCGGCGGAGACACUAUUGUUGAUGAGGAGCGGCGGCGGCGACGGCUGCACCACCUCGUUGCUGCUGGCUGCUGGCUGCUGGCCGCGGCCCGCUGCUCGCCACCCCCACCCCCGGCACCCCGGAGUCUGGCUUCGUCACCCCAUCGCGGGGCGGGGGUGGUCUUCCCUCCGGCUUCGAGAAUCUUCCCCUCGCAACCCAACAACAACAAACGCCUUCCGUCUCGCCCAGUCACUGGGGAGUGGGAGGUGGGGAGGGGGACCAUGUCCCAGCGAGUGAGGCGCAAUGGGUCCCCCACGCCGGCUGGUUCUGUCGGGGGCAGUACGGUCGCCACGGCCGGGGGAGCCGGCAGCCGCCUGCAGCCCAUGAGGGCGACGGUUCCGUUCCAGCUGAAGCAGCAGCAGCAACAUGGCAGCCCCACGCGGAGCAACGGCGGCGGCGGCAACAACAACGGCGGCUGCUGUGGCGGCGGCGCCUCAGGCCCCUCGGGCGGCGGCGGCGGCGGGGCCCCACGAACCGCUUCACGCAGCACCAGCCCCACGCGCGGCGGCGGGAGCACGGCCGCGCGCACCAGCCCCACGGUGGCCACGCAGACGGGCGCGUCCGUGACGUCCACGCGAGGCACCAGCCCCACGCGCGGCGCCGCGCCGGGGGCCCGAGGGAGCCCCCCACGGCCGCAGCCUCCGCCGCCGCUGCUGGGUACCGUGUCGUUGUCGCCUUCCUCGUCGCCCACCCACCUGUGGACCGGCGAGGUGAGCGCGGCCCCACCCCCAGCCCGGGUCCGGCACCGGAGGAGGUCCCCGGAGCAGAGCCGAGUGUCCCCGGAGAAGAGGAGCCCGAGCGCCCCGGUUUGCAAAGCGGGUGACAAAACACGACCACCUUCGUCAAGCCCCUCCAGUAUUAUCCGACGCACUUCCUCCCUGGAUACACUUGCUGCUCCAUACCUUGCUGGACACUGGCCUCGUGACAGUCAUGUGCAAGUCACACCUUGCAUGAGGGACAAAGCCACACAGACAGAGAGUGCAUGGGCUGAAGAAUACGCCGAGAAGAAGAAAGGAUCACACAAGCGCUCAGCAUCCUGGGGCAGCACAGACCAGCUGAAGGAGAUUGCAAAAUUACGUCAGCAGUUGCAGAGAAGUAAGCACAGCAGUCGACAUCAUCGAGAGAAAGAAAGACAGUCUCCAUUCCAUGGCAACCACGCAGCUAUUAACCAGAGUCAGGCUCCUGUUCCAAAGAGUACACUUAUUCCAGUAAUUCCCAUCGCCAAAUCAACAGGUUCUCGGUUCCGGAACAGUGUGGAAGGAUUGAACCAGGAGAUAGAAAUAAUAAUUAAGGAGACUGGGGAAAAGGAAGAGCAGCUUAUACCACAAGACAUUCCAGAUGGGCAUCGUGCCCCUCCCCCACUGGUGCAGAGAAGUAGCAGCACCCGGAGCAUUGACACCCAGACUCCCGGCGGGGCGGACAAGGGAAGCAACAACAGCAGCCGCUCUCAGUCGGUGUCCCCCACGUCAUUCCUCACCAUUUCUAACGAAGGCAGCGAGGAGAGUCCUUGUUCAGCCGAUGACCUGCUUGCUGAUCCCAGGGAUAAAGAGAAUGGGAACAACUCUCCUUUACCUAAAUAUGCAACCUCACCCAAACCUAACAACAGUUACAUGUUCAAAAGGGAGCCUCCUGAAGGUUGCGAAAGGGUCAAAGUCUUUGAGGAAUGCUCGCCAAAGCAACUUCACGAAAUCCCAGCUUUUUACUGUCCUGACAAAAACAAGGUGAAUUUCAUUCCUAAAAGUGGCUCAGCUUUCUGCCUCGUCAGCAUCCUUAAGCCACUCCUCCCCACACCGGAUCUUACCCUCAAGGGCUCUGGCCACAGCCUGACAGUCACCACUGGCAUGACCACUACUCUGCUUCAGCCUAUCGCUGUGGCCUCCCUAUCCACAAACACAGAGCAAGACCGGGUCUCUCGAGGAACAAGUACAGUUCUGCCAUCCGCACCUCUGCUGUCCCCACCAGAACCCAUCGAAGAAGCUGAAGGGUAGGACUCUGCCAUGUGCCCGUUUGGUCUGGAAACUGAGAACCUCAGAAGGCUUGACUGAUGGGAUAGUGAGCGCCCAGUCGGCAGUGACAUGUGACAAUGAGGCUCCUGGAAGAAAAGCAGUCCCUCUGACAGCUCUGCCCCACCCAUGGAGGCCAACCCUCAGCACUCAGCCUGAGCUUCCACAAAAUCUAACAAGAAUGUCUCAUCCUUUACUUUUGGAGGGACAGUGUCACAUUGCUUUUUGUUUUCAAAUUUGACUUCUUGGAGAAAAAGAAAAUAUAAACCCACAAAACCUGAUCUCUGUAAACAUGAUUUCUGAAGGGAGAGGUGAAUGAUGCUGCAAGAACCAUCUUUUAUAUGAAAACGACUAUUUUAUAAUACCAAUGUUACAUUUUCUGAAACGUAGCAAACAAGACAUGCAAACAAUUCCUUGGUGGCCUCUGUUUCCUGUUACCCUUCCUACAUGUGUGCAGCUUGGGACCAAAGGGAUUAUUGACAUUUCCCCCAGCAGUCUUCAUCUCAUUGCUAUGUUCUCCCAAACAAGAAUUGAUAGGUAAAUGCAUCAAACAAGUAUAUAUUAAAAGUUUUAAAAAAGAAAAGCAAUAUUCGUGCAUUAUGUGAUUUAUGUUUUUGAUGUCAAAAGUUUGUGCUCUGGGUGAAAUAUUUGUAAAACUGCUAUUUUCUUCAUGACUCCUGUGCACAUUUCACUAUGUGGCCAGAAAAAUAAUAGUCUGAAGACAAGUGCUUUAAUAUGUUCUCACCCAUUUUGGAAUUGGCCUAAGAGUCAAUGAGCCAAAAAGGAAGCUAUCUAGUGUUGCUUGUUAGCUAGGAGUAAGGAGCCCUUCGGUGUUGUGUGAACAAAAUCACGUGAUUGCCCUCCUGUGCCACAGGUAUCCUUCCACCUUUCAUCAUCACUGUAUCAUAGCCCCAGAGAUCCUACAAUGGCUGUGCAUGGAUUUGCUCCUUCGCUUUUGUGAUGUCUUUGUCUUGUGGAUACGGUUGGUCAGGUUUAGUAGUUUGCCAGGAGUAUAAUCCAUUGAAUAGCGAUCCAUAGCCAGAGAACCUUGAAACUUUUUGUUGAUGGUGAUUGACACCAAGAUUUCUUGCCUACAGGUUUUGCUAGUUUCCCCAUUACAGUCCACACACUGGGGAAAAGAGAAAAGUUUUCGAAUAUAAAACAACAGACACACUUGAAUACCCAGACAGUUUUGGAUUUGGACUCUUGCUAGUGCAAAUCACUGCCAUUAUCUUGUGACAGUAGUGUUUGUUUCUGGAUAGGUAGUAGUGUAAUUUUCAGCAGGUCUUAUAAGAAACGAGUUUCAGCAGUGUUGAUUUAAAAAGGUAUCCUUUAAACAUCAUAUUCUAACCUAUGAUGCAGUAAUUUGCUAUACAUAUAAUGGGCAGAAAAAAAUUUUAAAUCCUUAUAAGGGGACAUGUUUUGGAGGUUAAUGCGUCAACUUGCCCAAAAAUAUUCCAUUAAGGAAAACUUAGUGGAAGAAAUAAAUCUUUUGAAAGGAUUUCUUAUGUUGAUGCACCUUUAAAGCAGCAAAAUAAUGUUAAACAUACCCUGUGAAAUUAAAAAUUGAUGGUGUAUUUAGGUAAAUCAGGUAAAUUCAAAUAUCCCAAAAAUCCCAUCAGGU